AUGGCGACCACGGCGUUAGUGACCGGAGGCGCGCGAGGCUGUGGAUUCGCCUUUGCGCGCGGUCUGGCCGAAGCAGGUGCCAAUAUUGCUGUUUUCGACGUUGUCCCAGCAGAGCCAGGUUUCCUGGCUAUUAAUAAGAACUAUGGUAUUCGAACCGCUUAUUAUGAAAGGGUGGAUGUUUCAUCCCAGGAAUCUCUUGCGAACGGAUUCGUCGAGUUCCAGAAGGACUUCGACAAUGCACUCGACAUUUGCGUUCCCUGCGCUGGAAUUAAUCGUCAUCUGAAAUUUCUGGAAUUCACCUUUGAAGACCACCACGACCUACUCUCGGUCAAUGUGCUAGGACUAUACUUUACUGCUCAACUAGCAGCGAAGCAGAUGAUCGCCAACGGAACCAAACACGGAAGUAUUGUACUGGUGGCAAGCAUGGCUAGCUACAUCGCCGUGCCCACGCAGCUGUGCAGCGCAUACUGCGGUACGAAGGGUCCCGUGCGAUCAAUGACUCCGGCCAUUGCGAAGAUGGCAGAAUACAACAUCCGGGUCAAUUCAAUCUCCCCGGGGUACGUGCGCACGGAAAUGACGGCAGCUUUCCCCCAUCUUCUCCAAGAAUGGGAGAGCGAGGCGAUGAAUGGGCGCAUUGCGGAGCCGGAAGAUAUCAUGGGGGCAUGUGUGUUCCUGGCUAGUGACGCGAGUGCGUACAUGACGGGGCAGGAUAUCGUAGUAGAUGGGGGAGUCACCCGAUGUUUCAAUGGCCCUGUUGAAGCCUUCACCACGGUAGUCGUGGUCGGCGCAGGGCCGUCGGGGUUGAUGCUCACAUGCAACCUCGCUCGCUUUGGAAUUGGCGUCGUUCUCCUUGAUGAUCGACCGGACAAGACUUUGACGGGGAAGGCGGAUGGCAUACAGCCCAAAACGAUUGAGACACUCAAGCAAAUGCGUCUGGCAGACUCAUUGCUGAAAAACGCAUCGCGUGUCUAUGACAUAUCAUUAUGGCAAUCUACGGCAGGCAAGCCCCUCCAGCGAACCGGUCGCCAGACGCAUUAUCCCGAGCACCUCGUGGGCGCAUCCGAUCCUUACAUCCUGCUUGCCCACCAAGGAAUGCUCGAAGAGAUUUUGAUUGACGAUAUGGAAUCGCGAGGUGAGUUCGUGGUCCAGAACAGCAAGUUUGUGUCUUGUUCACCCGUAGCGGGAACCGGCCAGCUGGAUGUCAUUUUUGAAGAUUUGUCGACCAAUACGAUGAGAAAAAUUCAGACCGAAUAUCUCGUCGGAUGCGAUGGUACCAGAUCAAAAGUCAGGACUUUCAUCCCUGAUGGGGAACUGAAGGGAGAGAUUACGAAUGCGUCCUGGGGAGUCCUUGAUGGCAUCAUUGAAACGUCUUUCCCCGACCUUUGGAGCAAAGUAGUCGUGCGUAGUCACACAGCUGGCUCGAUUAUUUGGAUCCCUCGAGAGCGGGGCAUGACACGGUUGUAUGUUGAGCUCAGCUCGGCUGAUGGCGAAAAGGCGGGCAGGACCAAAACUACCCAGGAAUAUGUUAUGGCGAGAGCCAGAGAAUCAAUGGCCCCGUAUACUCUUAAGUUGAAGACCGUGGAGUGGUUUGGCAAUUAUGUUGUUGGCCAAAGGGUGGCGACGCACUUCAUGGAUCCGGACGCGAGGAUCUUCAUUGCCGGUGAUGCUGCGCAUUGUCACUCUGCUCUUGCAGCACAGGGAGCCAAUACAAGCAUGCACGACAGUUUCAAUCUCGCAUGGAAGUUGAACCUUGUUCAUCGGGGACUUGCGAACCCAUCGCUGCUAUCAACUUACGAAGAGGAACGCCGCAAGAUUGCAACUGAUCUGAUCAGAUUUGAUGCAGAGCACUGCGCAGCCUUUGAGAAGGGCGUGGAGGCACUUACCAAGAACUUUGAUGAUAACAUUCGUUUCAUCUCUGGAAUUGGUGCUGAAUAUGCCACUGGCUUAUUGAGUCAUGCCCAAACUAUGCCAACUCCGCUCCAACCGGGUGCUUUGCAAAUUCCAGCCAAAGCCACUCGAUACUAUGAUUCCAACCCAGUGGAUAUUCAACUGGAUAUUCCAUUGCUCGGCCAGUUCCGCGUUUACUUCUUUGUGCCAGAUAUCAAAGCAUCGCUUGGAUUCCUCAGUACUCUCUGCACAAGACUAUCCAGCGACUCCUCUCUUGGAACACUAUCAUCUCGGACAGAUCCAACAUAUGAAAAGCAGCCCCGUGGUAUCGCCCCGGCGGAUGAGUUUUUUCAGUUCCAAAGAUACACGACAGUGUCCAAUGUAUUUACGUUUGCCAUGGUGACCCAAUCAUCUAGGUCAGAAUUCGAACUUGCAGACUUGCCACCCAUGCUUCAGGCGAGUCGAUGGACUUUGUAUCUCGAUGAUGUUGAGACAAUUGGAUGUACUGUGAAGUGGUUCGGAUUUCUUAGAAAGGAACAAGUGGGGAUUGCGAUUGUGCGCCCGGAUGGAUAUAUUGGAGGCAUCGAUAAGUGGGAUAUGUCUGCAGCCGAAGAGGCUAGGAAGAGUAUAGAGGGUUACUUCUCGUUUAUGCUACAGUAG